CUCAUACUGACUGGAAAGUACAGGUUGACAAAUGACCAACAUUAACCCAAUAUCCUCAUUCAAGGAAGAGCUAUUUGAGCCCUUGAGUCAUUAUGGGUUUGUAACCUCACUCAAGAUCUACUCAAACUACGUUGUUGCUGGUUAUGGUAGCAUUUUAAAAGUUUUUUCAGUCGAAAAAGAUGAUGUUUCCUUGAUAUUCAGCAGCCAAAUCUUCAAAAGGAAUAAGAUUCACCAUAUAUCUUUUAGUGAAAAAGGAGAAAAGUUAUGUGUUUCUGGUGGACGUUCUUUUAAGGUAAUCGAAUUUGAUUCUCUUGUUAGAAAACAAUACGACUAUAAAAUAGAUGAAAAGGCCAUCAAUGAAUGGAUAAUCAGUACCGAGUUUUUAAAUGAAAGCACCCUUUUGGUUCUAACCUCCCAUAAUGUUAUUUACAAGGUCGAUGUUUCGUCAUCUGUCGGCCAUUAUUCAGUUUUGGACAUGAUACAUUGCAAUGAAAAGUCGAUUCUCUACAGUGGAUCUAUUCGUAUUCUUGCCGAUAAAACUGUUUUGAUUUCAGCUGGUACAGUUAUGAAUGGGGUUAUUCUCUGGAACCUAAACACAAGACAAAUCUUACAUAACUUGACUGAACAUGAGGGGUCUAUCUUUGGUGUAAAAGUCGAUCAAAAUGGUAAAUAUAUCAUAUCCUGUUCGGACGAUAGAUCAGUAAAGUUGUACGAGUUGAAAACAGGUGAGUUAUUGGCAACAGGAUGGGGUCAUGGGUCGAGAAUUUGGAAUCUUGAAUUCUUUAAAGAUACUUCAGAUGGCUCUGUUAAAAUAUUUAGUACUGGUGAAGAUUGUACUGCGAGACUAUGGGAAUAUCAACCUGGAAAUUCUCUUUUAACUCAAUUGGAAUUGUGGGAUAACUGUCAUUUAGGUAAACAUAUAUGGUCAGGUGAUGUGGACGAUAAGUUUCUCAAGUUAUGUGUUACUGGUGGGGCAGAUGGUAAAAUUAGAGUCCAUGAUUUGGCUAAUAGAGGUACUUCAUUAUCUUAUACUCCACAACAAAUAUCUGAACUGCUGAGCAAAGUGUUUGGAAAAAAUGAAGCAAUUCAACUGUUCUGUGAAUUAUCAAAUCUCAACUUGCUUGUUUCGUUAACUUCUAAUGGUAAUAUCUUAACAUUGGAUCAAAAUACUUCGACUUGGCAUCAAAUUAGUUUGUGUGAACAGGAUGUAACUCAAUUGAAAGACUUUGGGCUCAUCACUGCAUGCUCCGUUUCAAAUACCGCCCUCAUCUGUUGUCGAAAUGGAGAUGUUUUAUGUCUUAAUUUCAAAGAUGCCCAUACAGUGGAGAAGAAUUGGAUAAGACAAACUCAUGGUACCUCUAACAAAGUUAUAAACUUUCUUGGUUUCACUUCCUCAAAUAACUUCUAUGCAUUAAUUGACUUUCCUAAUCCUAAAAUGCCAUUCAUUCUUCUUACUUUCACUUUAUCGAACGAAAUGAUUACUUUGGAAUCAUCAAAACAACUAAACAAACCAAACCAAAAUGUUUUCACCACAACUGAUAUACUAGUAGAUGAAAUUAAUAACUGGUUGGUGAUUGGCUCAAGAUUCACUAGUAUCGCUGUCUACGAUUUAAAUAAUCUGAAUGAUAGCCUAGAAUUAGGUGCAAUCUUCAAGAAAAUAUGCCCAGGUGAUACAAUAUCAUCAGUUUCAAUCGUUGAAACUUUCAAAGACAAAAUCACAAUUUUAAUGACAGUAAAAGAUGGGGUUUACAUGUAUGCAAAUUUAUUAAAAGAUCAAUCAAAUACUUUCAGCCUUGAUAUUUUCCAUCAAAACAAAAUAUCAAGAGGUUUCAUUGAAGGUGGUUUCGUCAAAAAUAUGGACUUGAUUGUUUAUGGGUUCAAAUCUUCUUAUUUCUAUGUUUGGAAUGAGACCAAACAAUUGGAAAUAACAAACGAAUUAUGCGGAGGUGCUCAUAGAAAAUGGCUUUUGAUUCCAUAUUCUAAUAGAAACCCGGUUGAUCUUGACUACAAAUUCAUCUACAUGAGCAAAAGUACUUUACAAAUAAAAUCGUUCAAAGGUAGAUUCAAUCACCAAAAUUAUGGAUUGAUUCAUGAAGGUACCCAUGGAAGAGAAAUUAGAGAUAUAUCUGUUUCGAAGUAUGCUGAAAAGGAUGGAUCAAAAUUAAUCAUCUCGGCAUCUGAAGAUACAACAUUAAGAUUAGGUAAGUUAUAUUCAAAUGGUAGCAUUGAAAAUUUUUGGAGUUUGAAUAAUCAUGUUUCCGGAUUGCAAAAAGUAAAAUUUAUAAGUAAGGAUUUUGCAGCCAGUUCUGCUGCUAAUGAGGAAUUUCUCAUAUGGAAAUUAAACUAUUUGAGCAAUGGCUUUCCUGCAAUUAUUGAAUAUUCCAGACUUAAACCUAAAAGUGAUAUACCCGAUUUACGUAUAAUGGAUUUUGAUACUUUAGAGGUUGAAAACGGAUUCAUAAUUUCAACUGUUUAUUCAGACUCAAACAUUAAAAUAAUGCAUUUCAAUUCAAAGACCAAAGUAUUCACUCCAUUAGCGGAUGAUUACUACACUAAAUGUUGUAUUUUGAAUGUUAACUUCCUCAAAUUCAAUGAAAAGAGCUAUAUAAUGAUUGGUGCAACUGACGGUUACCUCACCAUUUGGGAAGUGACCUCCAUAUUAAAUAGUUUCCCUACAAAAGAAACUGCAUCAGUAGCGAAAUUCGGAAAAAUGAUCAUCAAGCAGCAGUUACAUCAAAAUGGUAUUAAAGCAAUCCAAGUUUCUUCGUCAGAGAAUGGUUACAAUAUUGUUACGGGUGGUGAUGACAAUUCUUUAAUUUUAAAUACUUUGUUCUUACUGAACGCAGAAGAAUUGAUUUUGGAAUCUAAAAGCUUUGUUGAAAGUGCAGCUUCUGCUACAUUGACUUCUCUUUCAUCAGGAGGACCUAACCGAGUUGUAUCAACUUCUGUGGACCAAAUAGUGAGAUUAUGGUCUGUAGAGAAUGGUAAAUUGGAAUGUGAAAGUGCUCGAUACACCACUAUAGCUGAUACGGGAAGUAGUGACUACGUUGAUUUUGAUGGUGAAAACAUGAUUGUGCUUGCUGGUGCAGGUCUCAGUACUUGGUCGUUUAAAUAAUGCUUGUAAUUACAAUUAAACUUAUAAAUUAUUUAUAUUAUAGAUUCUAAAUACACAGAAGAAAAUUGCAUAUAUGUGUACAGACACAUACGUAAAAGGAGUAAGCUAAAGAGCAAUGAGACAUCAGUCAAGAAUCUUAGA